AGAACCCCCCCGCUGCGCAACCGGAGGCGUCUCCCAGCCCCGCGCCGCCGCUGACGGAGAUGGCCGGCCCCGUCUCCUCAGCGCCCCGGACCGUCGAGGACAUCUACAAGGACUACGCCGCCCGCCGCGCCGGCCUCGUCCGCGCUCUCACAUCUGAUGUCGACGGGUUCUACAGCAUGUGCGACCCAGAGAAGGAGAACCUGUGCCUGUACGGUCUCCCGAACGGCGGCUGGGAGGUAUCGCUGCCGGUGGAGGAGGUGCCGCCGGAGAUGCCCGAACCAGCGCUCGGGAUCAACUUCGCCAGGGACGGCAUGAGGCGUCGCGACUGGCUCUCGCUCGUCGCCGUACACUCUGACGCUUGGCUCGUCUCCGUCGCAUUCUUCUUCGCCGCCAAACUCAACGGCAACGACAGGAAGCGAUUAUUCAACAUGAUUAAUGAUCAUCCAUCUGUGUAUGAAAUAAUGGCUGACCGGAAGGGAAGGGAGAAUAAUCCUGGUGUUGAUAACAGCAGCAAAUCCAGGCACUCAACGAAGCGAUCAAAUGAUGGAAAGAUAAAGAACUCAAGAGUGGCAGUUGGUGAAUGUAGGUAUGAGAAUGAUGAAGACCACAGCGAAACCCUUUGUGGUUCUUGCAGUGGUCUCUACAACUCAAGUGAGUUCUGGAUUGGAUGCGACAUUUGUGAGCGGUGGUUCCACGGCAAAUGUGUGAGGAUAACCCCAGCAAAAGCAGAACAGAUAAAGCACUACAAGUGCCCUGAUUGCAGCUACAAAAAGAGCAGGCAAUAAAAUCUUGGAGCUGCUGGCCUCCUAUUACUGACUCAGCUGAUCAACCAAACAAUACUUUUCAAUUUGGCCGUAGAUGUUAACUACCCUAGGCAUUUCUUUGUUGUGGUACAUGCUGGAAAAAGACAUACAGGAUAGUUGAUCUUACAGUCUGGUCAAUUGCUUUUGUGCUUGUUUUAAUGACAUCUGUUUACGGGUUAUGUCUUCAAGGUGGAUGGUAAUCCUUUGCGUUGUGGGCUCUAGCAACGUGAUGAGUUAUGGCCAUUAUC